AUGGCUAUCGUUGACAUAAUUGAACAACAAUUAAAAAAGUCAGAAGAACAUGAUUUGGCGAAGAGGAAGUUAAAGGAAUUUGAAGAAGGGGAGAGCGGCAUGCUGCUAAAGUCAUUAAGGAAAAAGAGGAAAACCCUUGAUGAAGAGGACAAGCAGGAGAUGAGGAGGUUGGAAAAGGAAUUGGAGGAGUUGAAAAGGGAUAAAAAUAAGUGGGAAGAUCAAGUUAUAUAUUUGCAGAAUAAAUUAACCGAUAAUAUGAAUAAAGACAAUACAUCUGAAUUUUGUCAAAAGAUUGCUACACCAUUUGAAUAUCUACCCAAUUUUGAAGAACUCACUUCUGCACUUUUUCAGCCUUUUAACUUGAGAAUUCCUCUUUCGACAUCUCUAUACCAUAAAUGUGAAAUAGCAUGUCAAACCUUUUCUAUUUCUGACGUGGAAACAGGUUCCAGCGAAUUUUCUCGAAUAUGUGAUUGGGAUCUUUUGCUUCGUAACCCUACAGCAAUUU